AUGGCGAGCUCAUCCUCCAUCUAUAUCUUAGGGAUUGGAAGUAUUGGAUGUUUUGUCGCCCACUCUCUUCGCUCUCUGCCUGAUAUCCCCCCCAUCACACUCCUUCUUCAUCGACAAUCCCUGCGUCGGGAAUUUGUCUCCACGGGACAGAAAAUCGGGCUACAGGUCGGGGAGGAUGGAGACGUAGAUGAACAAUCCGGUUUCAAUGUUGAGGUACUGGGGGUCGAUUCCACACCCACAUCGCCGAUUCGUUACCUUAUUGUCACCGUCAAAGCCUCAAUGACAGUAGACGCUAUCAGACCUGUCAAAGAAAGGCUCGGCCGAGAUUCCGUUAUCUGUCUAUUCCAGAAUGGCUUGGGCCAAGUGGAAGAAUUGAAUCAGCAACUUUUUCCCGACCCAGCCACACGACCAACGUACAUGUUCGGGAUUGUUCGACACGGCGUCUAUUUAAAAUCGGCUUUUCAAGCGGUAUUGGCUGGUCGCAUUGGCUGUGUCUCUGUGGGCUUUGUGGACGCAGAUGGCUUGGCCACAUCGCAACCGAGAAAUCGUUUCCUUGUGGAUACACUGCUUCAAUCGGCAACGCUCAACUGUGAGGAACUGGAUUGGACAUCUCUUUUCCGGGAUCAACUGCUCAAGCUGGCAGCAAAUUGCGUCCUCAAUCCUCUCACAGCGCUACUGGAUGUCCGAAACGGCCUGAUCGCGGAUAUGGUCCAGGUCAAACCAUUAAUAACCCGUCUCCUAGAGGAGAUUUCAACGGUAUUUGGUCGGCUGCCAGAGAUCCACCAUCUUUCUAACCAUGAUCCCUCAUGGUUCUCCCCCGCGUCCUUGGAGGCCGUCGUGAUGGACACAAUCAGAAAGACAGCGGGGAACUCCAGCAGCAUGCGCGAGGAUAUCCGUAAAGGGAGACCCACAGAAAUCGAGUUUAUCAAUGGCUGGAUAAUCAAGCGUGGGAGGGAACUGGGGGUGGAAUGUGUGGCCAAUCUAUCUUUAAUCGAACUGAUCCUAGCUAGGAGUAGUAUAUCCGAUCAACAAGCUACAACCUAG